AUGGCACCCACAAAGAAGGUACUUCGAGUGAAGGAAAGUGGAAUUCCAUCAGAAGAGGGCAGCAAAUGGAAGUAUUUUCACAUAUUUAUUACAAUAUGUGGGCCUUUAUUCCUGAUUUAUCUCAAUCUCCGCUGUGAAAAGAACCAGUGUGUCUUGUUCCAGCUUCCUUUGGUUGUCCCCACCCAUGUUGGUGCAUACUUCUCAACUACUGCAACGCUCAUGCUCUUUGGAUUCUUUGCACUUGUGUUUCUCUUCAGUUUAUCAGCUGCUCAUAGCAGUAAAAAAGAAAAGUCAUUUCCCUCUGCCUUUUAUCAUGGGUCCUGCACAACACUGACUCUCGCCCAAGUUGAACUGAAGUACUUCUUCUAUGUUCAUGUGGGACUGGUUGCUUUGGCCUUGUUGGAUUUGCUAGUGCUCCUGGACUUUGCCCUGAAGCACACUGUGACGGCACCGCUGGCUUUUCUGGCUACGACACAGUAUCUUUUAGUUGCCCAUACUCUUUUGUAUGAGAGCUUCCUAAUGAAAAAGCCGUUUAUAGAUUCUGAAAAGCUGGGCUUCUUCUGGCUGCUGAAAGUGCUCCUGUACCUGCCUUUCUUCCACUCCCUUCCAGUGCUCUACACAUCAGUCACUGAAAUAGUUCUACCUAAACCUGCCAUGCUUGCUGACUGCGUGCUGUUCUUGUUUGGCUUUAUCAUCUAUACCAGCUCCAUCCAUCAGAAAGAAAAUUUUGCUGUUGAUCCAAAUGCAUACAGGAGUCUGAAGUCCAUCACUGUCCCAGGUCGGCGGCUGUUGAUCAGUGGGUACUGGGGAAUUGUUCAGAAACCUGACUACCUCGGCUACAUGAUUAUCUGGCUCUCUUGGAUUAUAGCUUGUGGGCUGAGUGGUCUCUCCUUGGUGGUACUGACCAUCAUAUACAUCACCAUGUUUGUAUGGUUACACCAAGCAGCGCAGGUAAAAAAGACCAAGUAUCACUCUGGAUGGACGCGGUACAUAAAUGUGGUGCCCAAAAAAGUGAUCCCCUACGUAUAUUGA